AUGGAAAGUCUUGUGACUAUGCAUUUAAGGGAUAAACAUUGUUCUAUAGAAGGUGGAUCAUUUGUUUGUCUUUAUGGUUAUAAUUCAGUAUGUAAUUCAUUACCUGUAGAUGGAGUGUCUGAUGCAGAUUAUGUUAAUCACAUUUAUAAACAUCAUGCAUUUCCACAAGAAACUUUUAAUAAUUUAAACAAUGUAGAAAGAAAAUUAUCUUCAUCAAGUCAACAGAGCAAUUCUUCCGAUCAGGGACAUUGGACAAUGUAUUCGGCUAAUCAAAAUUUGGCUGCCGUUUUAAACGAUCCAAAUAGAGGAAAACAAAAAGAUUUUUUUACCAAAUUAUGGGGUGUUGAUUUUACAGAAAAAACAAUUUCUGAAAUUUCAAAACACCCAUAUUUGCCAGAAAUAAAUUUAAGUCAUUUUGAAAACUACAUAAAAAAAAUUUCAAAGAGGCAUCAAAGGCAUUUAAAAAUAAAUGAAAAUAAAAAUAAUCAAUCGAAUUCUAAUGAAAUAUUAAAAAUUUUUCCUAAACUUAGACUUCAGCAUUCUUUUUCAAUGGAAAAAAAAUUUAUUGAAAAACAUGAAUGCCCUCCUAUUUUCAUGCAACCUGAAUUUGAUUUAAGUAAACCUGAAGUGUUUUACACCGUCUUUCCAUUUGCCAAAGAUGAAAAACCUGGUAAUAAUAGUUUUCAGCAAAAUGGCAAACUUCUUCAAGAAAAGCUGACACAUGAAUUGGAUCAAGUUGAGGUUUUAAUUGCAGAACAGGUUGCUCAAAAAUCUGAUGCCUUUUUUCAAGCUAUGACUUCUCACGAUUCUUUAAUGGAACAACUUACAAAAACAUUAACCGCUGUUAAAUCCCUUAGGCAAGAAAUAUCAGUUAUAGAUAACUGUUGGGUAAAAAAAUCACUUAAAAUCAUGCAAUUAAAAAGACAUCAACAAAAUCAACUGUUUGUUUUGCAAAAGUUAAAACUCAUGAAGACGUUGCAUCAAACUCAGCCAACAAUUCAAACAUUACUUUCCAUACCUGAUUAUGUAGCAGCAUUAGAAUUAAUAUCAACAACACAAGAAUUGUUAACGGAAGAAUUUCAAGGGAUUCAUAGUUUUCGUCAUUUAGGAUCUCAAUUAAACGAAAUAAAUCGUUUAAUAGAUAAAAUGAUGAACAACGAAUUUGAAAAUUUUUCCACUAAAGAUUUAAAUAGGCCUUUGGAUAAUGAUGUGCCAGUUGUAGAAACCGAUAAAUUGAAAUCUCUUUUAUUGGGAAUGCUUAGGAGAAAAAAUUCACAGUUUAUAUCAAAGUAUAAACAAGAAGCAUUUACCACAAUCAAGACAAUAGAGGUUCACGACAUUAUGAAAGAAACUGUAUUUUUAUCAAUGGGUAGUAGUAAUUAUUCAUUUGAAACGGGUGGUGAAAUUGAUGAGAAUAAAACGUGCGAAGGAAACUUGAUUUUAGUAGUUAAUUCUGAUAAUUCCGCCGACAGUGAUACAAACAAAGUUGAAACCUACAGUGAAACAUCAUUUUUAACUCACAGUGAAUUUAUAAAAGUUAUGAGUGAAUUAAAAGAAUUACUGAUAGCAGUUUGUGAUUUUUCAAAUGACGAAUGUGCAAAACUCUUGACACCUUCGGUGAGAAAUAAAAACGUUAUCACGAAAGACAAAAGCGGAAGAGGAAGUGAAAAAUUAAUCGGAAACGGAAAUUUAAUUUCCGUUUUCGAUAACGUUAGUGCGAAACAAAUUUUUAAAAUUUCUAAAAUAAUCGAAAAUUUCACUUACGAAUGUGAAAAAAUCUCAUCGAAAUCUCCGACGUCAUUGAAGGGAGCUUUUCAAUACCAGGCGAAUAAAUUCAUGAAUAAAUUUCACAACGAAAGAAAAGAUAAAUUAUCGUACAUUUUGGAUAAGGAAACUUGGACUCCGGCUGAGGUCGAGCCGUCGUUACAAAAUUUUUUGGACGAUAUCAUAAGAACAAAAAUCAUAUCUAGAACCACGUUCGAUUAUCCGGAAUCGAAAAAAUCCGAACUCUUCCUCACGAUAAACGAUGAGAAAUAUAUAGUCGUCGGGGCCGCACUUUUUCUCAUUCAAAUGGUGAAAGAUUAUUCAAUCAUGGCGGAAGAUUUAUCGCUGUUAACAUUUAACAUAGUUCGAAAUCUUGCCGAAUUAACGAAUCCGGUUAAUGUAAACAAUUCAAGUUCGGGUAAAAAUUCUAGUCCGAGUGAUUUAAACGAAAUAAAAAAAUACAUGAAUGAUCACAUAAACAAACUACAUUCGAAAGUUGUCGUCAUCGUCAACAACAUGAUAUCAAACGAGAUAUCAAAUUGGGGAGCCAAACCACCAGUUCCUAGUUUAAAUUUUCGUAAAAUAUCAAAGCAUUUGACCAAACUUUACGAAGCUGUAUCUGGGAUAUUGCCACCGAGUCAAAUCGAAGAAUUGUACAGUAACAUAAAUAAUUCGUUUAAAAUCACAUUGAGAGAUCAAUUGAAAAAAUUAAAUAUCGUUAAUAACGGGGGACCACAACACGGUACCGUCACAUCCGAAUUGAUAUUUUACACGGAAAUGUUAAAAAAAUUACAAAUAUUUUCAUCAGAAGAAUUGACUGAUAAUUCAUUUCAAGAAAUAUGGUUGUAA